AUGAGGAUGACUGAGUCGAGGGAAGUUUUCAGUUUGAUUCAUAAAAUAGUCGCGGAACAGACUAUGGAAAAGUUGUCGUCUGACAUUUUGGAAGAUGACUUUAUUAAAAUAUUUGAACCAAUCCACGGGAUACAGUAUUUAGCGGGUUUCCAUCGGGUCAAAAUAGAACAUAAAUACGUUACAGCUCCAUCUCUUUACUAUCAGAUCUACAGCUCUAUAGUAUGGGCAGUUAUUAUUAUAGCUGUCGUUUACUUUGAGUUGAACUGCGAGAUUGAACUUGAAGGUAUUUCAAACGUAUAUACUUUCCAAAUUAGCCAGUUUAUCAUCGUAAUGAUAAAUGCCGUUAUUGCCUUUCGAAAUAACUUCUGCGACGGGAGUUUGAAUAGCCAAAUCUAUGUAAAAUUACAAAAAAUUGACCGUGUAGUCAAAAUGCACGACGCUGCUAACUAUAAUCGGAAAAUGUAUUUAGUUUCUGCUUUAUUAGCUAUCGUUGUCCCCGUCUGUUGGGGCAUAGGCAUAUACACGUUUAACUCGACAUGCAUGCGGACCGUAUGCCCAGCGCUUUACUUUGUCCAAGUUUCGAAUGUGGCAUCUUAUAUGGAAAAUUUAUUAGCGGCGACAAUCCUAUUGUUCUUGGCGAAGAGAUUAAACUAUGUCAAUAUUGCUUUGGAAAAAGAAGCUAACAGAUUAAGGGAUGCAAAUAUAUCGUUGGCGGCUUGCCAAUAUCAUCGAGAAAAGGAACAGGACCAGGACAAGCUUGUUGUCGCUAUACAUUACAUUUUGGACUCUUGGGCGGACUGCAUUCGAUUAUUCCAGUUUCAGGUUCGUAAAUAUCUAUGUAGUAAUCUGUAG